CACCUUGACUGGUCCCCAGAGAAUAAAUUCAUAAUGUCAAAUUCGGGAGACUAUGAAAUACUGUACUGGAACAUUCCAGAUGGCUGUAAACUAAUCAGGAAUCGUUCUGAUUGUAAGGAUGUAGAUUGGGUAACAUACACUUGUGUGCUGGGCUUUCAAGUAUUUGGAGUGUGGCCUGAAGGAUCAGAUGGAACAGAUAUCAAUGCUCUUGUCAGGUCUCAUAACAGGAAGGUGAUAGCAGUUGCUGACGACUUUUGUAAAGUCCAUCUAUUUCAGUAUCCCUGCUCCAAGGCAAAGGCUCCAAGUCAUAAAUACAGUGCCCAUAGUAGCCAUGUGACAAACGUGAGCUUCACUCAUAAUGACAGUCAUUUGAUUUCAACUGGAGGCAAAGAUAUGAGUAUCAUCCAGUGGAGACUUGUGGAGAAAGUAACUUUGCCACAGAAUGACAUUAUGGUAGACAUGGGUACAACAAAAAUGCCAGUAAACCCCAGUGAAAGCUUUGUACAGCCAAGCACCUCUGUUCCCCUUACUCAGCCAUUUGAUGAAACAAUAGUUAAUGAAAGUGUAGUGGAUGCCUUCCCCGCAUCUUUGGAAGAUAAUCUGGAGCAGACUGUGGAAGCUAAUGAGGAGCAAAGCGAGGAGCAGAGUGAAGGGAGCAGUCUGGAUCCAGGUGAGCCAAAUGGUGAAGAUCCAUCCAAUGAAACAAGCGAGGAGCCGAGCGAAUCCACUAUUAUCGAAGACCAGCCUGAAAACUCUCCAGUGUCUUAAAAGCUCAGAAUCAAGAUGGUCUUUUAUGUUUUUUUCUCUCAGUGUGAGUACUUUUGUAAAAAAGAAGAAGGUUAAAGUUGGGAAGGAGAAGCAGCCCCAAAUUAGGAGCCACUCCAGUUGUUGGGUUUCAGUUGAAGACUUCUUGGUCUGAUCUUAUGUUUUCAGUGCAUGGAACCAUUGCAAGGGAGUCACCUUGGCAGUUCCAGUCAAAACUAGACAAGGUGGUAGGAUGUAAGCAUACAUUGGAUAAAACUAUGAAAUUGUUAUCAAAAAGAGGAAUGAUGCAAAUAAUGGGGGAGGAGGGGGGGAAAUUAGCUCCAAUAAUAUCCUUAAUGGGAGGAAAAAAACAGUCUUCUGUACAAAGAAUCUUAACACUAAGCAGAAGUGCAGAGUAAUACAUCCCAGGUGCAGGGAAUAAACAAAACAACAAGGCCUUUAUGGAGCUCUUCUUUCUUUUUUUUGUACUAAAAAGAAGAGGGGAGAUGAGGACAACAUCAUAAUAGACUUGUAUAGUAGGUGGUGCUCGCUGCCUUCUUGAUCAAUACCUAUGCAAUUUUUUGACACUACUAAAGGCUCUGGACAUGCUGUGCCCUGGAUGCUCUUAACUCUAAGGCGACUAUUAUUAAAGGAACACGCCUUCUUGUUCCCUGGUGACAGGCCUUAAAAAACUGAAGUGAACUAAGCAUUGCUUAGGUUUAAAAAAAAAACAAGUGUCAACCACAUUAUAAGAAUGACCUGUUUGCCUAGAUGUAUUGAAACUCAAGCGCACCCACUGUGACCUUGUAAGAACUGUCCUCCAUGUGAAAUGACUUUUGACUGCAUGGUGACAAAGGUUCUGAUUCUAGAGUUAAAAACUUUGCCUUCAGAUGCCAACUCCUUCCCUCGAUAAGAGGCUAAACAUUAGCAGGAUACCGUUGUAAUGAAAUGUGGUGCUUGGGAUAAUUCUUAUAAAUCAAUCAUGGAAACUAUUUAGGGGUGACUGUCAGAAUACAAAAAUUUCAAAUAAGCUUUUUUCCCCUACAGCCUCUAUUUAAUAACUGUAUUAUCAAUGUCACGUUAACUUGGAUUCUGUUUGAUAUUUGGGGGUUUUCUGUUGUGUGUUGGAUUUUUUUCUCUUACACAGUUGCAGUAAGCCAUGCAGCUCUGAAAUGGCUAGACCUGGCCAGUUAUGGGAUAUCAUGGCAUUUUGUUUAAAAAAAUUAAAAUUAAAAGGACUUUUAAUUUACACCACCAAAAAAAACCCCUCUAUGCUACAUUUUUCUUAAGAACCUAGAGUUUUCCUUUGUGGGUUUUUUUUUUAAGUUUGCAGACAAGAAAUUCCUACUUGUUUAUAUUUUGAUUACCUAGGGUCUUUUUUUAAAAAAUAUAUUGUGCUGAUAUUUUAGGGUUUAGUUAGAAAUCGUGUUUAGAAAAUUUGGAUGAGUUUGUUAAGUCUUAAGUGUGCAAGCGUUUACGUGAUUGUGCCAUUCCAAAGUGCAUCAGAACUGUCAUUCCCUUCUAGUAUCUUCUCAGGAGCAAAUGCUACAGAUCAGGUAUCUAGUCAUCAUUAGUAACAUUGAAAACUCAAACGGACUCCCAAAGAACACACACACACACACAUAUAUAUAUAUGUCUAGGUCCUCUUGUUUACAUCCAUUCCGGAAAAACCUCAAAAGAAUUUUCUCCAAAUGGAGAAUGACGUGGAUUCCAGGCAACCCAUCUCUUUGUUAAACUGUGCUCUGUGGAAUAGAGUGGUGUCGGAGAGCUCUUUCACAUCUUGCAAAUUGCCAGAUGUCAGUGGGUGAUGCACAUGAUCAUGUCAAAGUAAUUGAUUCCUUUAAAAGGAAUACACAAAAGUUAAAAUGUUAUAUUGAGCAAUAUCUGCUGAAGCUCAUGGGGCACAGAGCUUUCUUUCCACCAUGAAAGAAUGCAUUUUCUUUGGAAAUAUCUAUUACCUGGGGGUUGCCAUGUAAAAUGAGAGUUAACAGUUGUGAUAUUAUCAUGCUGUUCUUUAAAGGACAUUUUGCUAAUAUGCAAGGGGGGGAAAGCAAGCCUUACAGCUUUCAAUUCCUGGCAACUGCUGUUUAAUAGAUCUGUGAUAAUGGAUGGAAAUGGGUGGGAUUAUGUUAACUGUAGAUGUUUUAGGAGAAAAUUGUGAAUGAAAUAUGGUUUAAGAGUGUGUCAUGUGAAGAUGUUUGAGCCAUUUCUAUCUAUCAUGCAUUCCUGUCU